UGAUCUUUUCCUUUUUCUUCGCUUCCAGCGCCGUUGACCGCAUCCACCCACCCUACAAACCCUCACCGGCACAAGCUCCCAAUCUCGAGCUCCAGUCACCGACAUGGAUUCUUCUCCGCCGCCGUUGACGCAGGUGCAGACUUCUUCGCGUAGCUGGAGCAUUUACGGCCGCAGCGAGAUCACCCAGAAGUACCAGAUCCUCGGCAGAAUUGGCUCCGGAGCCUAUGCCGACGUCUACCGCGCCCGUCGCCUCUCGGAUGACCUCGUUGUCGCGCUCAAGGAGAUACACGACUACCGGAGCUCCUUCAGCGAAAUCGAGGCGCUCCAGGCCCUUCGGGGUGCGCCCAACGUCGUUGAGCUUCUCGAGUACUUCUGGCGCGAGGAUGAGGACGCGGUGCUCGUGCUCGAGUUCCUCCCGACAGACCUGGAGGCCGUCAUUUCGGACGCCAAGAGGGGCGGGGAAAUCGCCGUAGGCGAGGUGAAGCAGUGGAUGCAGCAGAUUCUGCGCGGGAUCGAGGCCUGCCAUCGAAGUUCCAUCGUGCACCGGGACCUGAAGCCAUCGAAUUUGUUGAUCUCAGCUGAUGGAGUUCUUAAACUUGCGGAUUUUGGUCAGUCAAGGAUACUUCAGGAAGCUAGGAUGAUCACCAUUGAUAAUAGUGCAAAUGAACAAGUUUCAGAGACAUGGGUUCAGCAUCAACCAUCAGCUGCACGCGAGGAUAUCAGUUCAUUGCCAGUUGAAUCUGUAGUUCGGAAUGAUCAAGACCCAAGAAUUGAGCACCAAACUGCUCCAGGAAUCGGCCAGGUUGGCGUGGAUGAGUAUAUGAAGGAGUUGUAUGGCCUAAAGACAAGAAACAUGAUGUAUGAUAGUGACAAGGAUAUGAGUUUACAAGAUGGUGAUACAUCUUGUUUGGCCACCUGUAGUACUGGUGACAUCGACCUUGAUCCAUUCAAGAGUUCCUACACAAAUGAGGUGCAAGAAGAUUUAGUAGACGAAUCUGGUGCCCUUACUUCAUGCGUCGGAACAAGAUGGUUUAGAGCUCCUGAGCUACUCUAUGGAUCAACAAGCUAUGGACAAGAGAUUGAUCUCUGGUCAUUAGGGUGCAUUUUCGCAGAGCUUCUCAGGUUGGACCCAUUAUUUCCAGGGACAUCUGAUAUAGAUCAAUUGGGCAGGAUCAUCAGUGUCUUGGGCAACUUAACUGAAGAAACCUGGCCAAACUGUUCAAACUUGCCUGAUUAUAGCAAGAUAUCCUUUAGCAAGGUCGAAAAGCCCUUGGGCUUGGAAGCUUGCCUUCCUAAACGAUCUGCUGCAGAAAUUGAUAUCGCGAGGAGGCUCCUUUGCUACAAUCCUUACAAUCGAGCUACAGCAGCUGAGCUGCUGCACCACCACUAUUUUAUCAAAGAGCCACUGCCUGUGCCGAUAAGUGAAUUAAGAAUUCCUCCUAGUAAAGGAGACCAGAAUGAAAGCUCUCCAGAUACAUGGACUGACUACAAAAAUAUAGAUGCGGAUUCUGAUCCCGACGAAUUUGGGCAUAUGGAUGUAUCAACGACGGAGAAGGGGUUUUCCAUUAAGUUCUCAUAGUAACAGGGGUUUUUAAGUUAAAUACCAUUGAGCUUGGCACCAAUAAAUUCUUGGGGAAAAAACUUGUCAUGGAUAAAUGGUUAUGUCCAGGAUGAGAAUAUUUAUUGAUUAGUCCAACAACACAGUAUGUUUCGUUGGAGCAGCGAUCUGCCCUAUGUUUGGAAUAUGAAACUUGGUUUGUAGUGUAAAAUUUUGUUUAAACUACUGAAAUUUUGACUA